AUGGCAGAAAUAGUAUUAUCACCUCUUUUAGAGGUGGUUCUAGAAAAGCUGGCAAAUCCUUUAUUGAAAGAAAUCGCUAAAAGAAGCGGACUGAAGAAGGAGGUCAAGAAGGUCCGACGUUCCUUACGUGUAAUCCAAGCUGUUCUUGAAGAAGCAGAAGAGCGACAGUUAACUGAUAGAGCUUUGAGAAUCUGGUUGGAAGAGCUUAAGGAAGUAGCUUUUGAGAUGGAGGAUUUGCUUGAUGAUUUCUCUCCCGAGGUUUUGCUUUCUAGAACUCGUGAAGGGUUUACUCAACAGGUAUUAGCUUUUGUUCCUUCUGUUGUACAAUAUGGUGAUAUGUUAACUAAACUAGAGCAAAUCAAGGGGACAUUAGAAAUGUUGGCAGAAGAGACGUUUAAUUUUAAUUUGAGAGGGGGCGCUGUAAAUACUAGUGGAAGUACAAGUAGAAGUAGAAGCAGAAGUAGAAGAACGGGCUCUUUUAUUAUUGAAUCAGAAAUUUUUGGAAGAGAAGAAGAUAAAGAGAGGGUGAUAGGGGUUUUAUUAUCAACAGAUGAUAAAGCUCGUGGAGAAGUCUCUGUCAUCUCCAUUGUUGGCUUGGGUGGUCUCGGCAAGACAACACUUGCUCAAUUAGUUUUCAAUGAUGAGAGGGUAACAAAACAUUUUGACAUGAAGAUAUGGGCAUGUGUAAAUGAUGAUUUUGAUGUGGAAAAAAUCAUGGCAUCAGUCAUAGAAUCUGCAACCAAGAAUAAAUGUGACUUGUUUGGGAUGGAUGUCCUGCAAUUUCGACUUUAUGAGUUAUUGUCUGGGAAGAGAUAUUUACUAGUUUUAGAUGAUCUGUGGAAUGAAGAUGAUCAAGAGUGGGAUAAGUUAAGAACUUUACUGGUAAAUGGUGGGGAGGGAAGCACAAUAAUUGUUACCACUCGGAGUGAAAAAGUUGCAUCGCAACGUGCUUUCUCUCGUCUUGAAGAAGACCAUACAAACCUGUACCCUAUUGGUAAACAAAUAGCCAAGAAGUGCGGAGGGGUUCCUUUAGCUGCAAAGAGUUUGGGAAGUCUAAUGCGCUUCAAAAGAGAUGAGAGAGAGUGGUUGCUUGUCCAGGAGAGUGAUCUCUGGAAUGUAUCUGAAAGUGAAAAUGGAAUCUUACCUGCCCUAAGGUUGAGUUACUGUCAUAUGCCAUCACAUUUGAAACGAUGUUUUGCAUACUGCUCGAUAUUUCCUAAAAACUACAUAAUCAAGAAGGAUAAAUUAAUCCAGCUGUGGAUUGCGGAAGGCUUGCUUCAAUCGCCGAAAGGAAUAAAAUCACUAGAAUUUAUUGGAAACGAGUAUUUUGAUGACUUAGUAUGGAUGUUUUUCUUUCAAGACAUAUACGGAAGUGACAAUGGCAAUAUAACCGAGUGCAAAAUGCAUGAUAUCGUUCAUGACCUUGCACGUUCUGUUGCAGGAGAUGAGUACAUUAUGCUGGAACAUGGUAAUAUAGAACAAGAUCUCUCCCACAUUCGUCACUCAUCAAUCAUUUGUAAUUUCAGUUUAUCCACAAUUCCAGAUAAUUUAUAUGAAGCAAAGAAGUUACGAACCCUCAUCUUAGUGUUUCCAAAAGGUGAUCUUGGAGAAGUUCCUCCUGCUGCGUUUUCAAGUUUUAGAUACUUACGGGUCCUUGGUCUGAGUGGUAGUGGCAUCAAAAGGUUGCACGAGUCUAUUUCUUCCUUUAUAUUUUUGAGAUACCUAGACAUCUCUAACACAGAAGUUAAGGAAUUGCCAGAUAGUGUUUGCAGCCUUUGCAGAUUACAAGUGAUGGACCUUUCUAAUUGCUUUGAUCUUAUCAAGCUACCCAAUCAGAUGUCCAUUAUAUCUAAACUGAGGCAUUUAAUUCUAGAUGGCUGCAGUAGACUAACCAAAAUGCCUCCUUCGAUUGGGAAACUUGUAUUUCUUCGAACACUGUCAAUGUUUAUUGUGGGAAAUGAAGUAGAUGAAGGGCUUAACCAGCUGCAAAGUCUAAACCUUGGUGGUCAGCUUAAUAUCAGUCAUCUGGAAAAAGUGAGGGUUGCAAGAGACGCAAUGGAAGCUGACUUAAUAGGAAAAAGGAACCUUCUGUCAUUGAGCCUCUCAUGGGGAGAUGGUGAUAAUGGUUCGAACAGGAACAUUGACAAUAGUGACACACAUGAGGAAGUUCUCAAAUACCUCCAACCACAUGGAUACCUAAAAAGGCUGUCUAUAAGAGGAUACCAAGGAAAGUGCUUUCCACGAUGGAUUGACGCUAUUAAACUCCCAAAUAUAACUGAUCUUGUAUUGAUAAACUGCAGAAGAUGUGAGUAUCUCCCUACGUUGGGCAAACUUCCCUUCCUCAAGGUCCUUUACCUGCAAGGAAUGAAUGCAGUAAAGAAUAUUGGUCCUGAGUUCUAUGGCCAGGGCACAGAAAGAGCAUUCCCAUUAUUAAAAGAGCUAACCUUUAUGGAUUUCCCUCAUUUAGAAUAUUGGUGGAGUUCUAACAGGAGAGAAGAAUUCCCUUCUCUAUUAAAGUUGAACAUCACCAAGUGUUUUAAGUUGAGAAAUAUUCCUCCGUUUCCUUAUCUGCAGCAUCUGGAGUUACACCAUUGCAACAAUGUGAUCUUGUGGUCUGCAUCAAAGCUAACUUCUGUAACCAACCUUGUCAUCAAUGGAUUCACAGAAGAGUUGGCUCUUUUAGAGAACUUGCUUCAAAAUAAUGCUCUUCUCAUGUCUGUAACAAUUAGCUCUUGCCCAAAGCUUCAUGCUCUACCUCCCAGUUUGGGAAAGCUCAUCAAUCUAAAAUCAUUGACAAUUCGAUGGAGUAAGGAACUAACUUCUUUGCCUGAAUUGCAAAACCUCACCUCUCUGGACUCUUUGGAAAUAAUUGAAUGUGACAGCCUUGCUACACUGCCAGAGGAUAUACAGACUCUGAGUUCUCUUCGAACUUUGUCAAUUGAGAACUGCAAUAGCCUUACAUCGCUGCCACAUAAUUUGCAAUUUCUCACCUCCCUUGAGCAUCUAACUAUUAUGUAUUGUCCAAAAUUGACUUCUUUGCCGGAGGAUUUGCAACAUCUGUUCUCUCUCAAGAGUUUAUCCAUUUUGAAUUGUCCAGGGGUCGCAUCUCUUCCAGGAGGGCUAAAAUAUGUCACUACAUUGCAGAAUUUGGAAAUUCGCGGCUGUUCUGGUCUGAAGGGUUUUCCAGACUGUGUAGCAAACCUUAACUCACUCAGAUCAUUAACAUUAACAGAUUGUGAUAAUCUAACUUCUCUACCGGGAGGUCUGCAAUACGCAAGUUCCCUUCAGCAUCUAUCUAUCCGAGAAUGUCCAAUUCUAGAGGAGCGUUGCAAGAAGGAUACAGGUGAAGAUUGGUUGAAAAUAAAUCACAUUUCACAUGUAUAUAUAGGAUCACCAAACUUCGCCAGUAGCUCAUCUCAUUGA